UGUAUUUUAAAUCUGAAAAACCGUUUGUAUCUCCAGCAGGACGUGUGCGCGGGUGACUUUGUGCCAAUGUUAUUUCGUUGUUAUUUUUGUGGAAUGUGUUGAUUUUUUGUUAUAUAUGGGUGACACUUCGUACGGAUUUUUUAACACUAAUCUCAAGAUGAAUAGUACUAGCGGGACUCAGUCAUCGGAGAAUGAGUCGCUGAGAGGGGACAUGUCCUACCUUUAUGGUAGAGACCCAAGUAUUUUAGCUUAUUCACAAAGACCAUUCCCUUCUCAAGAUUCAAAAAAAAAUUUAAUGAACCUGCUGGAGGAAGAAGAUGAGUCUGUUGUCGAUGCAGAUGAGAAAACCUCGUCACUUUCCAGCUCAGCAGCAAUCGAUCAAACCAUUAAAGUAUUUCUGCGCAUGAAACCUUUUCCCCAUAAAAUGAAAAUUACAAAGGAGCAAUCGGAGGCCUACUCUAUUUUAAAUCCAACCACAUUGCAAACUAAAAUGCCUUCUCUAGAGCAUAAUACCAGUUGUUUGAAGAAAAUUAAGACCAAUGAUAUGGUAUGCAGAGAGUUUAUAUUUACUCAGACGUUUGGACCGGAUACCACGCAAUUGCAGUUGUUUGAUCAAGCUGUGAAACCGCAAAUGGUUGACUUCUUAGCUGGUAAAAAUUCUGUGGUGAUGAGUUACGGUACUACCAAUUCUGGAAAAACAUACACUCUGCAAGGAACCCCUGAAUCGCCUGGGCUCAUCCCUCGUGGUAUCGAGUUUGUCUUUAGCAAUAUCACUCCACGAGCCAUGCCCUCUUAUAAACCAGUAAAUCAAUGCGAUGUAAUUCAUUUAAAUCAUCAUGAUCGUGUUCAAGAGACUGAGUUGAAACUGAAAUUACUAACUUUUAAUCCAGCUGAUAAAAUUAUGUAUGUAAAUACUUACAAGCAAAUGCAAAGAUUGCUUCAUGCAGAAUCACCCAUUAGACCUAGUCAUAAUUAUAACGCGCAAUACUCUGUAUGGGUAUCGUUUGCGGAAAUUUAUAACGAAACUAUUUACGAUCUUUUGUGGACUGACUGCCAGAAAAAACGACCAGCACUUAAGUUGGCAUCAGAUGGCAAAGGUAGAGCCUUUAUAAAAGGUUUAAAAAACGUCUGUGUGAAUACGGGAGCUGAAGCUUAUCAAGUAUUGAUGGCUGGGCAGUACAAUUUGAAAGUUGCUGCAACUGCUUUGAACUCUAGAAGUUCGAGGUCACACUGCAUAUUUACCAUCAAAUUAUUAAAGUACAGAACUGAAAAUGAUCCUUAUUCGGUAGAAGUUAGCACGUUUGCAUUCUGUGAUUUGGCGGGUUCAGAACGUCUUAAAAAGACUCUAAACGUUGGCGAACGAUUAAAGGAGGCUCAAAACAUUAACACAAGCUUGCUUGUUUUGGGAAGGUGCUUAAAAACUAUUUAUGAGUCUCAGUGCUCCGCAAAUAAGAAAAUCGAGUCGAUAGGACCUUUCAGAGAGUCCAAAUUGACGAGGCUGUUUCAAAGAGCUUUGUCAGGAAAAGAGCAAAUAUCUAUGAUUGUUAACGUUAAUCCAGUACCUAAUCUGUAUGUAGAAACACAAAACGUUCUGAAUUUCUCUGCUAUUGCCAAAAAGAUUGUGAUUGAGCCAAUCGAAACCAUAAAGAGAAGGCGUUCGCACUCGAGAUUUUCUCGUUUGUGUACUCAAAGUAUGAAGACUGAUCUAGAUUGGGAAAAUACGGAGCUUGAAGACAUGACAGAAGCAUCUGAGGAUUGUCUGGAAGAAGAAUCUGAUAUGCUUGAAAACGAUCAAGAAGCCUAUGAAGAUUUGCUGACUGAGAAUGAACUUUUAAAGAAAGAGAUUAAAGAGCUAAAAGCUUCCGCGUUAACGAGGGAUAUGCAAACGCGACAGGAAAUGACAGACAUGUAUUCAGAAAUUAUGAAAAAACUUGAAGCUGAUUGGAAGAACCGUUUAAUUGAUUUAGAAGAACAACAGGAAGAUUUACGUGAGCUAGCUGUAGAACGCAUUGAAUUAUUUUAUAAAGAAAAGCUAAGUCAAUUAAACGUUCGAAAGCGAUCUCGUCCAUCAAUGGAUGGAGAUGAAGAAGACGAUGACCAGAAACUAUUGCAAGAUCUAGAAGUCGAAAAUACUCGUCUUAUCGCAAAGAUGGAAACAAUGAAGAAAUCUAUUCGUGCUUUAAAACAAAUGAAAGAAGAAGUAGAAACAACAAAAACCAAAAUUUCUUUUGAACUUGCCGUCGCCAAAGAAGAAGCUAAAAGGGCUAACGAAAUGUUCCUAGCUGCACAGAAAAGCAUUAAUUCAGGAGAUGAUGUUUCUGCUACCUACAUUGAGGAGUUGAACGAGAUUAUAAAGAAAAAAGAUGAUAGGAUAAAGACUAUGAAAACUUUUUUGAAUGAGGCCAAAGAAGAGUAUAUAUCUAUUACUGAUCAAGCUCAGAAGCUUGAAGAACAAUUGAAAGAACGAGACGAACUAUUGGUCGAAAAUUCAGAACAGAUUCGCGAUUUAGAAGAACAACUCAGCCAGGCCAAUGCAUAUUCGGCAGAGCAAAAUAAAGUCAUUGAAAAUCUGGAAGAAGAACUGGAUCAACUAAACAAAAAACUUAUUGAAACUGAAGAAAAAGCACGAAUUGCAUCCGAGCAAAUGCAAUCCGUAGAUGCUACAGAAAUUAAUAAGAAAGACGAACCGGAAACUGAAGUCGUGAAUGAUGAAUUGGACAAGACUAAAGCUUUGCUUGAAGAAAUGAAACUUAGAUUAGAAUUGUCCGAAAAUGACAAUAUACAACUGAAAGAAAAACUAAACCAACGUGUAACUGAAAUUCAGUUAUUGAAGAAUAAUCUUGAUACAACAAAGAAUCAAUUAGAUAAACUUACAGAGAAGGUCGAUAGUUUAACUAUUGACGAUAAGUCGGAAGAAGAAACUCCAAAUGAACAGCGAAAUAUCGAGACAGCUGAACAAGAAACGCAGACAGAAAAGAUCGAUUCUCCGGUCAAAUAUAUAAAGAAAGAAACAGCUCCUGUUAUGGCGAAUAUUAGUUUGCAAACUAUUGAAUUUGAAGACCCAAAAGUCGAAACGGAAGAGCUGUCUCUGCAAACUUCUUUAGAGAUAAUUUCUAUGGAAGUUUUUGACGAAUUAAAGAAGCAAUAUGAAGAAUUGCAAAAAACAUUAGAAGGUUGUAAAUUUGAUAAAUCAGAAGCACAGAAACAAUUUGAAGAGAUCAUCAAAGACUUACAAACUCAAAUUAAUGUAUUAGCUGCUCAAGAAAUGGAAAAAUCUGAGAAGAUUUCUACUUUACAAAAGGAGUUGGAUCAGAUAGUUAAGGAUUCUGAAAAGGAUAAGGCAGAGUUACAAGCGCUAGUAACUGCUCAAGAUGAUAAAGAUAGAAUUUUCAUGGAUGAGAUGGCAAAGAGUCUCGCACAAGAACAGGAAAAAGAUAACGAAAUCUCUAGUUUACAGAAAGAAAUGAAAAAGUUAAUAACGUCCAACGAUGAAAUGGCUAAGAAAAUGGAAGUAGAAAUGAAAGUGGUAUUGAAAGAUCUCACAUCUACAAAAACUAAACUUGCUGAUACAGAAGAAAAACUCAGAAAAGUAGAGAAAGAUUACAUGCAGGUGAUUCAUAUUCUUGAAAUGAAAAUAAGUACUCUUGAUAAUAAGGUUUUGGAAAAACAAGGAGAAAAUGAAAAAUUAAAACUCAGAGUCGAAGAGUACAAAAAGAGUUUAAUAGAUAGAGAGCACGAAAUGGAUGUAUUUACGCGAAACAGAAAUACAACCGUGGAGAAGUACGAAAAGUUGGUAAAAUCUCAAAACGAGGAAUUAGAUCGAAUGAGGAGAGAGAUUACAAGGUUACAAGACUUGUUACAAGAAGUGAAAGAAAAUGCAGUAUAUCCAACUCCACGCAAAGGAAGUACAAAAAAAUCGAGGUGUAAUGUGAGAGAAGAAAAAAAGAAGGCGAAGAAUGCAGAGACGGAUGCAACCGAUAUGACUUCAGAAGACGAUCACGAUGAAAAUCUGAAAUCAAGUCGCAAGGGUAAAAAAGAGUUUCUCAGUCCUACCACAGAUAACAUUCCGAUAAUAGAAUUGUCGGGUUCCGAAUCUAAAAAGUCAGUCAAAAGUGCCAGCAAAGAUCCUCCAACCAGUACACGGCGAACUAGAAAGAAGAAGUUGUUUACCAAUUUAGAUGAGUCGUUCGUGGAUAUAGAAGCAGGCGAUCCUUCUCCUUGUCCGACUCGGAGUUUACGAAAUAGAAGGAAAUAAGUGAUAGAUAGCUUUAUGUACAGAUUAUCUGCAAAUAUCUUGCAAUCUAUUUUUAUUCUUAAAUCGUAAGUAUUUCGCAGAAUGUAAAUAAUCACUCGAGUAAGCUAUUUUUUAAACGAUUGUUGACACUGUGUUAUUUUAUAGACUUAAGUUUCAAAAUGCUAGUAUUAUAUAGUUACAUGGCAUACAAAUUAUUAUAGUUUUAAGUUUUAAAAGUAUAAGUUUUAUACGUUUUUUAAUGUUAGAGUAUGUUAAGAAUUCUUGCAACAUAAAGAAAUCAGUGAAAAAAAAAACGUCAUU